CCGCGGUAGAAGGCGACGCCGGGUGGAGGAAACGGAAGAGAGCAGUAGCGGUCGGGCACACUUGCACCAGCUCACACGCACUGACGCACACGCGGAUGCGUGCUGUGUGAAGACGAGGUGGUGGGGGAGGCGGAAGAGAGCAUUGGCGUCGGGCGCGGCCGGCGAUGGCCGCGAACGCGGGGAUGGUGGCUGGCUCCCGCGACGGGGUCGUCACGAUCCGCCACGACGGCGACGGCGCCGCGGCUAAGCAAUUGAAAAACGAGAAUGAACAAAUAUGUCAAAUCUGCGGUGACACUCUCGGGCUCGCAGCUACGGGCGAUGUCUUUGUUGCUUGCAAUGAGUGUGCCUUCCCAGUUUGUCGGCCAUGUUAUGAAUAUGAGCGCAAGGAGGGGAAUCAGUGCUGCCCACAAUGCAAGACUAGAUACAAGAGGCACAAAGGGAGCCCUCGAGUUCCAGGAGAUGAUGAGGAGGAGGGUGUUGAUGAUUUGGAUAAUGAAUUCAACUAUGCGCAAGGCAAUGGCAAAGGUCCACAGUGGCAGCUGCGAGGGCAAGGAGAAGAUGUUGAUCUCUCUUCAUCUUCUCGACAUGAACCACAUCAUAGGAUUCCGCGUCUGACAAGUGGGCAGCAGAUUUCUGGAGAUAUCCCUGAUGCUUCUCCUGAUCGCCAUUCUAUCCGCAGCCCAACACCAAGCUAUGUUGAUCCAAGCAUUCCAGUACCUGUGAGGAUUGUGGACCCCUCGAAGGACUUGAAUUCUUAUGGGGUUGGAAGUGUUGACUGGAAAGAAAGAGUCGAGAGCUGGAGAGUUAAACAGGAGAAAAAUAUGAUACAGGUGACUAAUAAAUAUCCAGCAGAAGGGAAAGGGGAUAUCGAAGGAACUGGCUCAAAUGGUGAAGAUCUGCAAAUGGCUGAUGAUGCACGGCUGCCUCUAAGCCGCAUAAUGCCUAUAUCUGCUAAUCAGAUCAACAUAUAUCGAGUAGUGAUCGUUCUCCGGCUUAUCAUCCUCUGCCUCUUCUUCCAGUAUCGUAUAACUCAUCCAGUGCGUGAUGCUUAUGGAUUGUGGCUUGUCUCUGUUAUUUGUGAAGUUUGGUUUGCCUUGUCUUGGCUUCUAGAUCAGUUCCCAAAGUGGCAUCCUAUCAACCGUGAAACUUACCUUGAUAGGCUUGCAUUGAGAUAUGAUAGGGAGGGUGAGCCAUCUCAGUUGGCUCCAAUUGAUGUCUUUGUCAGUACGGUGGAUCCACUUAAGGAACCUCCUCUAAUUACUGCCAAUACUGUCUUGUCCAUUCUUGCUGUGGAUUACCCUGUUGACAAAGUAUCAUGCUAUGUUUCCGAUGAUGGUUCAGCUAUGUUGAGUUUCGAAUCACUGUCAGAAACUGCUGAGUUCGCUAGGAAAUGGGUUCCCUUUUGCAAGAAACACAACAUUGAACCCAGGGCUCCAGAGUUUUACUUUGCUCAAAAGAUAGAUUACCUGAAGGACAAAAUCCAACCAUCUUUUGUGAAAGAAAGGCGGGCUAUGAAGAGGGAGUACGAAGAAUUCAAAGUACGGAUCAAUGCCCUUGUAGCAAAAGCACAAAAAAUACCUGAAGAAGGCUGGACCAUGGCUGAUGGCACUCCUUGGCCUGGGAAUAACCCAAGAGAUCAUCCGGGAAUGAUCCAGGUAUUCUUGGGGCACAGUGGUGGGCUUGACACUGAUGGAAAUGAGUUGCCACGUCUCGUUUAUGUUUCUCGUGAAAAGAGGCCAGGUUUCCAGCAUCACAAGAAGGCUGGUGCCAUGAAUGCUUUGAUUCGCGUAUCUGCUGUCCUGACAAAUGGUGCUUAUCUUCUUAAUGUGGAUUGUGACCACUACUUCAAUAGCAGCAAAGCUCUUAGAGAAGCUAUGUGCUUCAUGAUGGAUCCAGCGCUAGGAAGGAAAACUUGCUAUGUCCAGUUUCCACAAAGAUUUGAUGGUAUAGACAUGCAUGAUCGAUAUGCAAACCGGAACAUUGUCUUCUUUGAUAUUAACAUGAAGGGUUUAGAUGGCAUUCAAGGCCCUGUGUAUGUGGGAACAGGUUGCUGUUUCAAUAGGCAGGCCUUGUAUGGCUAUGAUCCUGUGUUGACUGAAGCUGAUUUGGAGCCGAACAUUAUCAUUAAAAGUUGCUGUGGUGGCAGAAAGAAGAAGGACAAGAGCUAUAUUGAUACCAAAAACUGUGCUACGAAGAGAACAGAAUCUUCAGCUCCUAUCUUCAACAUGGAAGACAUAGAAGAGGGUUUUGAAGGUUAUGAGGAUGAAAGGUCACUGCUUAUGUCCCAGAAGAGCUUGGAGAAACGCUUUGGCCAGUCCCCAAUUUUUAUUGCAUCCACCUUCAUGACUCAAGGUGGCAUUCCACCUUCAACAAACCCAGCUUCCCUGCUAAAAGAAGCCAUCCAUGUCAUUAGCUGUGGAUACGAGGACAAGUCAGAAUGGGGGAAAGAGAUUGGAUGGAUAUAUGGCUCUGUUACUGAGGAUAUUCUAACUGGGUUCAAAAUGCAUGCAAGAGGUUGGAUGUCCAUCUACUGCAUGCCACUUCGGCCUUGCUUCAAGGGUUCUGCUCCAAUUAACCUUUCCGAUCGUCUCAACCAAGUGCUACGUUGGGCUCUUGGUUCAGUUGAAAUUCUUCUUAGCAGACACUGUCCUAUCUGGUAUGGUUACAAUGGAAGGCUAAAGCUUCUGGAGAGACUGGCCUACAUAAACACCAUUGUUUAUCCAAUUACAUCCAUUCCACUAAUAGCCUACUGUGUGCUUCCUGCUAUCUGUCUGCUCACCAACAAAUUCAUUAUUCCCGAGAUUAGCAAUUAUGCUGGAAUGUUGUUCAUUCUGCUUUUUGCUUCCAUCUUUCUCACUGGUAUAUUGGAGCUUCAAUGGAGUGGUGUUGGUAUUGAGGACUGGUGGAGAAAUGAGCAGUUUUGGGUCAUUGGUGGCACCUCUGCACAUCUGUUUGCUGUGUUCCAAGGUCUACUAAAAGUGUUGGCAGGGAUUGACACAAACUUCACGGUUACAUCAAAGGCAACUGAUGAUGAGGGUGAUUUUUCUGAGUUAUACGUGUUCAAGUGGACAAGUCUUAUAAUUCCCCCAACCACCGUGCUUGUGAUUAACCUGGUGGGUAUAGUGGCAGGAGUAUCUUACGCUAUUAACAGUGGCUACCAGUCCUGGGGUCCGCUUUUCGGGAAGCUUUUCUUCUCAGUCUGGGUGAUCCUCCAUCUUUACCCUUUCCUAAAGGGUCUCAUGGGGAGGCAGAACCGCACACCAACCAUUGUCAUCGUUUGGUCCAUCCUCCUCGCUUCCAUCUUCUCAUUGCUGUGGGUGAAGAUCGAUCCUUUCAUAUCACCUACUCAGAAAGCUGUUUCCCUUGGGCAAUGCGGUGUAAACUGCUGAUCAGAACUGCUUGCUGAAUUGUAACCUGGCAUGGUCCCGAUCAAAGUCGACCCUACCCCCUCAUGUAAAUACCAGAGGAGGUUAGGUGAGAUUGUCGGUAGAUGAAGAUGUUUUAUCUGAGCUAUGCCUCUGGUCGUUAGCUUCUUCCGUGCCUCAGCUGCCCAUGGGAGGUGGCUGCAUAAAAGUGUGCUGCUUGUUUUAUUGCUAGGUAGCAGCAGCUUCUGACUGACGAUAACUUGGUUACUAUGUGCUCACUGUAGACUCCCGUGAGGUUAUUUAUAUAAGAACUUUAGCUACUAAA